GGGGAGCCGCAUAGUCAGUCAUUAUCAUUUAAAAAUCUACGUGUGCAGAUGAAAUACAUCAUUGAGCCUACGGUUUGCAUUUAAUUUUGCAGUUGAUGGUUAAGACAGAGACAAGGGUGGCUAAGGAUUAUAUUAAAGAUGUUUGAACAGGUUGCGUUUUUUAACCGAAGACUACUUAAAAAGGGCAAAGCGAAAUCGUCGAGGUUGUCUGUCGUUUGCAGAGUACCAUAUGCCGAAGUCUCCUAUCAAUGAAUAGCAAAGGCGUUUUCGGCGAUCGACUCCCAGGUCGACUCUGUAUGGACGACACAUUGAUCGUUGACUUUUUGUGAAUGAGGAGAAAAGAAAGAACAGUUAAUGAAUGGUGCUAGUAGAUGACGUCACCUUCAUUGUGACGCCGCCACCCAUUUAUGGAGCGGGCGCCCGAGCCUCAUUCAUAAAACGGAAAGAGGUAACUGGCUGAGGUAGUAACGCUCUCCGGAGGAUAACACAGAGCAACAUUAGCUUACACGGGAGCUGCUGUGGAUUUAUGACCGUCUCCCUGCAUUCGCCGCGUGUUUUUCAGCGGACUAUCUCAAAUUUAGCUUUGUGUGGUAGCCCGAGGUGGGAAGAAAUGGUUGCCAUGGAUGAACUUUGCGAAAUGGACUGCAGCGUUUUGAAAAGGUUGCUGAAGGACGACAGUGCAAAAUGUCUGGUGUUGGACUGCAGAUCUUUUCUUGCAUAUAGCGCCGGACAUAUCCGAAGCGCAGUAAACAUUCGCUGCAACACAAUCGUAAGAAGACGGGCGAAGGGCUCGGUUAGUUUGGACCAAAUUCUAUCGGGGGACGAGGAAGUCCGCGGCAGAUUAAAAUCGGGACUGUAUUCUGCAGUUAUUUUGUACGACGAAAGGACACCGGACGCUGAUACAAUCAAAGAGGACAGCACAAUCACACUAGUGCUUAAUGCAUUAUACAGGGAUGCAUUCGGAACCGAAGUAUAUCUCCUUAAAGGAGGCUUCGACAGAUUUUUCUCUCAGUAUCCAGACUUCUGUUUAAAAACCAAAUCAUUGCCAUCGUCCACCUCUCUGUCCGUCCUCGACUCCAGCUGUCGAUCUACCUCCUGUGGAACCCUUCAGCAUGACCAGGGUGGUCCGGUGGAAAUCCUGCCGUUCCUGUACCUCGGCAGUGCGUACCAUGCUUCCAAGAAGGACAUGCUCGACGGCAUGGGGAUCUCCGCCUUACUGAAUGUAUCGUCUAACUGUCCCAAUCACUUCGAGGGCAUGUACCAGUACAAGUGCAUCCCCGUGGAGGACAACCAUAAAGAGGACAUCAGCUCGUGGUUCAUGGAAGCAAUUGAGUUUAUUGACUCGGUGAAGGACUCCAACGGGCGCGUGCUGGUGCACUGCCAGGCGGGCAUCUCUCGCUCGGCCACCAUCUGCCUGGCCUACCUGAUGAUGAAGAAGCGCGUGCGGCUGGAGGAGGCCUUCGAGUUCGUCAAGCAGCGGCGCAGCAUCAUCUCGCCCAACUUCAGCUUCAUGGGCCAGCUGCUGCAGUUCGAGUCGCAGGUGCUGGCCACCAGCUGUGCGGCGGAGGUGGCCAGCCCCGGCGGCACCGUCACCACCUCCACCACCUCCACCUCCACCACCAUGCUGGGGCCCAAGUCUUCCACGGCGCCCCCCCCCUCGCCCACCUUCAUCUUCAGCUUCCCGGUGGCGGUGGCCGUGCACGGGCCGACCAGCAGCCUCUCCUAUCUGCAGAGCCCCAUCACCACGUCGCCCAGCUGCUGAUCCACGGGGCGUGGCCCGCGGCCUUAACAGACUUGCCCAACGGACACUUGUGCUGUGUUUUCAAAAUGGUGCGAGGCGGCUGGACUUCUGCCCUCUGCUGCUUGAGGUGUCUUCGCAGAGAGGUCGUGGGGGGGGGGGGGUGUUGAUGCAGAUUGGGGUUGUAGGGGCAGUAAGGUGUU